GGGCAGUGUCUUCCAGCUGAUGGGUAGUGUCCCCACCACCACGCUCGCACCCGCGCGCGUCUCUGCUGCCCUACGCGACCCUACCACACACCGCUUCGGGAACUUUGCCAGGCCGGGGGACGUGUGAUAACGCACAGUGACGGAGUGUUUUGUGCAGUGAACUUGUGACUUUCCAGUAAGAGAGUGAGGUCAGUGUAAGUGUUAGCAUUAUCAUCUCCAUCGGUAUCUUGACCAGAAUGCUUUCAUUCACUCUAGCUUUCGUGGCCUUGCACGGACGGUGUAAACAUUGACGCAACGCUGCUGUUAUUGGGCUCGGGGCUACACGUAAGCUUGCUCUGGCGGCUCGAGUGCUGGUGUUCGGAACAAGUGUUCGUCUUUCUGGUGGUGAACAGCUCGACGAAAGAAUAGACGUGGAAGUGUUCUUGAUAUUAUCGCCGUCGCUUCGUCCAUGUGAAACUCGCCCGCUGCGACUCGCCGGCGAUACUGAUACUGUGUCUGCUCGAAACCUCAACUCCUCCGGGCGCGGCGGUCGUCCUGGUCGUUCUCAGCUUCGCCGAAUCGUCUCAGCGACCACCGAGGAGGUCCUCGCCCACUCGAAGUACCCGCAGGUGAGCUUCAGCUAACAGUCUCCAUGUAGAGGGGGCGGUGGUAGAGUGAGCGCGAGGAUCUAGUGUGAGUGAGGUCCCUCGGCACACGUCCCCAGCCCGCCAUGGAGGGGACCAGGUCCCUGCUCUCAGACAGACUAGAGGCCCCCAAGCCACACUUCUCUCUGCGGCUGGAGGACGCCUCCCCCCUACUGCCGGACAGGGGUAAGUCCCCCCUCACUCUGGCCAUGGACGCCUCUAAUUCCCAUCUGAGCUCUGUGGCUGAAAGCUUCAAGUCUCACUUCCCCCCAAGCGCGGAGGGCGCUAAGUCACUCCUGCAAGACUUGGAGGGAACUAUGGCCCUUCUUGCGGCCCGGGGGGCGGAGGGCGCCAAGGCCAUGUACCCCAUGGGGAUGGAGGGCCUCCGCUCCUUCCUGCCAUAUGGCGGAGAGGGCGUCAAGUCGUACCUGCACGAGCGGAUGGAGAAGCCCCAUAAAGCCGUCCGGGAGAGGAGAGAGUCGAGCAAGGGGACGGAGGGGAGCGGGAACCCCGAGAGCGGCGAGGGGAAGAGGUGUCAGCAGCACGAGCGUCCGCGGGAGGCCAAGAGCGGCUCGGCCAGGAGGGAGGCGAGCCCCAUGGCCCAGCAGUUGUCCAACCCUCGCCACGACGCCCAUCUCGUCCACGCCAUCAGAGAGUUGCAUGAGGAGGAAUUUGGUCUAGAUGCUGUUCUCCUGGCCGAGGGCGGCCACGUGGGGGCUCACUGUGCUGUUCUGGCAGCUGCUUCACCUUUUCUCAAGACCCUGCUCCUGCACGCCAAUGACCAUCCUGCCAUCAUCUCUGUCACAGGAACUACAUUAGCAACUCUUCAGGCACUGGUUACAUGCCUAUAUACAGGUAGCAUUCCAGCUGAUGCAAGUUUGUAUAACCUCACAGAAGCUGCCAAACUUUUAAAGAUGGAUGAUUUGGCAACCGUCCUACAGAAAACACUUCUUGCUCAAGGUGGAUCUCUCCUGGACGUGUCCAAGUCAUAUUCCUCUUUGAGGCCCAGUAGUGGGUACACGUCGUUGGCCCCAGGUUCAGGUCAAGAAUUACGAAUUGAAAAGACGGGCAAGAAAAUCCGCAGUAAUCGAUUGGACCAGAUUCUUUACCAGAAACUAAAUGUGAAUCAUUUGGCACCAUCUGACAUCCCUGAUCCCACUCAUGUGCCUCCCCAGGAUCCUCCCCAUGUGCCUCCCCCAGAGUCUCCCCGAGUGCCUGUCCUAGACUCCUCUAGAGUGCCUCCCCCUGACCCUCGAGGGGGAAUCUUAGGUGAAUUACUCACCAAAGCAGACCCUUUGCGAACAGUGUUCUCCACCCAGUCAGCGUACUCUAUCACUGAUUUAGGAUUUGAUUCUUCUGGCACUCCUCUCAGACCUCUUAAUUUGUCAAAGCCUAACAAGAGUCACUCUCCUUCCAGUACAUCUUCAAUUUCCUCCUCGUAUAGCACUUCCUCAGUGUCAUCACCAUAUACUUCUUCACUGAGUUCUACAUCUUCCACUACCACGACAUCAUGCAGCUUAUCAUCUUCAAGUAUUGCAUCCCAGUCUGAUAUUAACCUUAGUACCCUGUCAUCCUUGGCAUCAGCAAUGCCAGCUGGCAGUAUGUCAGGUCUCCUCACUUCUUUGACACCAUCCAGCUUACCUUCAAUGAUGUCUCAGUCUGCCCUUGCAUCUCUUGCUACUUCUUCAACAUUGGCUUCUCUUGCAGCCCAACACCCUUCUGUUCCCACUUCUCCAUCCAAGAGCAAAAGUUCUCCUAACUUUGUGAGUAAUAGGAGCAGAAGUUCCAGCAAGAGUAGCUGCAGUGGGAGAAGUACUAGCAGACCUAAUAGCAGCAGUAACAGUAACAACAACAGAAAGUCUAGUCAGCACAGCCUACCAUUAUUAUACACCCUAAAAGGUGGAAUAAUGACCCCAGAAGUUGCCAAGGAAGUAUAUGAACAGUUGAAGUUGAAUCCACAACUAGCUACACUUACUGGUUUUAACAAUCUGCAUAAUAUGUCCAGUCUUAGCAGCUCUAGCAGCCUCCAGAACUUAGCUGGUCUCCAUAAUCUAUCAAGUCUACAGAGUUUUCCAUCGCUCUUCCCUUUCCUUGCACCUGUAUCAACUGAAAGCUCAUUAGCUAGCGGAAGUGCCAUUUCCUCUGGUAGCAAGAAAUCACAGACAUCACCAGUGCCACCCUCAAGUGAAUUCUGUGAUGCAAAUACAAGUUCAGUACCAAAUACCACAAAUGAUGCAAACUCAGUACAAGCCUCCUCUGAUGAACCUCAUGUGGCCCUUAACUUGAGUAGUAGUGCAACAACUACAAGGAGUGAGUCUCCAGAUGUGGUUACUGUAGAGGACUCUAGUGUGCCAGUAACUUCUGCAAACGGCAGUAUUACUCAGCCUUCCGCUCUUUGUGUUACUGUGGACGAUGAUGAAAAAAUAAUUCCAGUAUCUCAAACGACACCUGUAACAGAUGUAAUUGCCAAUGGCCCCACAAGCUUGUGUCACAAUUCUGUUGAUGGUACAAUUGAUGUUGUGGGAAGUAAUGAAGAUGGUUUGCCUAGUGUUAGUGUGGCAGCUGGACUGGGACACGGCAUCGUAUCGCUUUCAAGUCAAAGCAGCACUCUAGAUGGCAGCAGUCUUCCUCUGCUUCUCAUGAGUUCUGGAUCAGCAUUAAGUGGACUCGCUCAGUCACAAAGUGAUAUCAAAGCUAUCACUGACCUCUCUCCUGAUUCUCAGGGUGCACUGCAGGAUUCAAGCAAGCUAGCUGCAGAGCUUGUGGAAACAUGCGAAGACAUUGGAAUUGAAGUUGUGGAUGAAAUUCCUGGAAUAAAUCGCUGUCAUGUACAUGCUCGGAAAACUCUCUAUCAUGCUGGCCAUAUGGGGAGAAAACGGAAAGGAUGUGGAGAGUGUGAAGGUUGUCAAGUUGUUGAAGACUGCGGCCAAUGUCGGUUUUGCCGUGACAAGGCAAAGUUUGGAGGUCCUAACAGACUGAAGCAAGUUUGUGUGUACAAAAGAUGUGUCCUUGCUGAGAUGGAGCCAGAAGAUUCAAAGAAAAGACGGAAGUCGAGUGGAAAAAAGGGCCGAGGAAAGUGUGGUGGCUGUGAUGGAUGUCAGCGGACUAGUGACUGUGGAGAGUGCUAUGCCUGUCUCCACAAUGCAGCAGCACAGCCACCAGCGCGGAGAAAGGUUUGCGAGAUGCGGGUAUGUGAGCAACAGCAGAUGGAGGAAGUCCGUGCAGCUCUCAGUGUAGCUGGGGAACCCUCGCCCUACUCCACCGAUUCGCUCAUGGCAGAGAGUCUGGGCAUGAACUCUGGCACCUCUAGUCCAACUCCAGAUGGCCAGCCUAGUACCCAUAAUGAUAAGAUGAAAUUAAUGAGGAAGAUGCUGAAGAAAAAAUUUGCCCAGCCCUACAGCAGGGUAAGCCCAUCAAAGGUACGAACCAAAUACUACUGUGGAGAAUGCCCAGGUUGUCUUACCACAACUCCCUGUGGUAACUGCCUGUAUUGUGAGGACAUGCCAAAGUUUGGAGGGCCUGGAAGAUAUAGACAGAAAUGUGUGAAGCAGUUGUGUGUGUACCAUCCCCGACUGCAAGCACUGAAGUUGUCAAACAGAUCAAAACUAACGUAUGAUGAGCAACAUAUUGCCCAGGAAACCCUCUCCCAUUUAGCAUGUGCCCCAGAAGGAGCUAUCCACUUAGAGUGUGAAGUGAGCCCAAUGAGCAGAGAGCACCUGGAAGAAACUGAAAGUAUAGAAGAAAUUGAACAGAUAGAUGAAACUGAUGGGGUGACGGAAGGAGAAGAUAGCAAUGCCAUGUCACAGGUCAGAAGCAUUUUAGAGAGCAUCAGUGCAAAAGCAGAAAUGGAUGAACCAGGGCCAAUUACCAAAGUUGAGUCAAUACCCCUUAUCAGUGUCACUCCUGAACCAGUCAUUUCUGAAAGAGAGGCACUGCAAGUCCCUGCCGAUGUUCCUGUUUCCAUAGACACGCCUGGUGUUGCAGAAGAAGAGCAACCAACUCGCUUGGCUACUGAGGAAGGUGAGGAGGACUUGGAGGAAGUGGAAGAGGAUGAAGAGGAUGAUGAUGAAUUGGUGUCUGAAGCAUCCGAUGUUCCUUCACCACCAUCGACACCUUCUCCGCGCCCUAGAGUACGUGGACGAAAACAUAAUAGAGGUAGAGGGCGGGGGAGAGGCAAACUCACAAGAGCGAGUCUAGCAAGGUUGCAAAAAGCCACAAGACGAGGUCGUAGACGGAGGACUCCUCGUUUCACACUUGGUCCUGAGGAUCAUUCUGAUUAUGAAGAUGAGAUAAUGUUAGUGGAAGCUGGUGAGUCUGUGGUAGAGGAGCCUUCAGCCUCUGACAAGUGUGAGACAAAGGGAGACGCGGAUCUCCAACCUUUGAAUGAUGUGUCAACUAAAGACAUCAACAAUGGCCAAGGAACCAAAGAAAAACCAACUAAUAUUCCAGCAGCAGAGAAAAUUGAGGACCAAGGAUAUUCCAAAUCAUCCACAGUGGAAGUGAAAGGCGACAUCAGAACUGUGCAUAAGGUUGAUUUGAUGUUCCAAGAGUCGCAGGUGAAUGUGUCGCAGAAUCCUAGUGAAAACACAGAUUCAGUUAGUCAUAAGCACAAUGGCCCAUAUGUAUUUCAUGAUGAGGAAUCCAGUCAGGGUGGAAGAGAUGUUAAUGAGAACUUGGGGUCUGUAAGUGAGACAGCCUCCGCAUAGCACUUGCUUCAGAAACCUAUAAAGCCCACCCAUAUUCCAGUACAACUUUCAAGAGAAUAAGCUUGCCAAGUGUGACUGUUUGACAGAUGUGUGUAUAGACAGACAUUAUAUACAUACAUAUAUAUAUACAUAUAUGUUAUAUGUGCAUAGAAUAAGAAUGUUCUUGUUUACAAUUCCUUUAGCUUCAUCAUGAGAAUGUUGAUGUUAUGGCUUCUGAAUCAUUGUUAUUUUGUUAUUUUUGAGCUGCUCAUUAGCAGAAGGUAGUACACAUUAUAUUACAUAUUCUCAGAUAUGUUCAGCUCAUUGACUGUGAAAGAAAAGAUCUGCUUCACAAAUCGACCAUGCAAGACCACGGAAAAGCAAAGAUCAGUUGUAAUCAAUUUAUCUGUUUAAAGUAAAGUUGGGUAAAGUCUGUUGAUGGAAGCAAUGAUGGGCACUGCUUGUUGAAUGCAGGCACUCUGUUCCUCUUUUUCUUUGGUAAUAUUUCUAAGCUAGUCAGGUAUGUCAUCCUUGACUUACAGUGAAGUAAAUAUUGCAGAAACUCUAAUGUGCCAUGAACAUGAAGUCAAGUGAUGAAGAGUGCAUAAUGUUAUAAGUCAAAUGAUUACAAAAGUAUGAACUUUUGGCAGAGAGUGUGAAGUUAAUGUAAAUAUGGCAACAUGUUGUUAAAGAUGAUGCCUUUUUGAAUCUCAUAUGUGCCCAAAAGUUAACAAAUUAUUUAAGUGCCAUUUUCCUCUUGUCCAUUUGGACAGAAGUUUAUUAUAAAGUGAACUUUAUAAUCCUGCAAAUAUUCCUUAACUUCAAUUAUUUUUUGGAAGAAGUACAAAGUUGUGUCUAAUUGUGAAUGUGAUGAGCCACUGAUGCGAUGCUGACUGCUUAUAAAAUAUGGUAGUAUUAGUGCCAAGCAAGGCCAAGUGUUUCAUUGUACCUUGAGUGAUUAGUGAUUGUAUUCUGUUAGCUCUGGAGAGUUAAAGGAGCAUGAACAGUGUUUGAAUUUAUUCCAGAAAGUCAAAAUAUUUGUUGUGCUAUUUGUUACUUUAAGAACCUUCAGAUUCUGUACAUUAUUUCCUUCCAUAAAGAGUUGUUAUGCAGCUACAUGCUUUGAUUUUUGUUGACAAGACUAACCACUCCAAUAGAGCUUGUGAUUGUACAUACACCAAUGAACCCUUGCUAUUGAGAUUUCAGCAUCUGCGUGUUUGCUUAGAGGCAGUAUAAUAUUAUAUAAUAUUACUGUAUUUUGUUAUAUAAGCUACAAAUGCUCCAUGUUUGGUGUUCCUAUAUUGUUCUUAGUUUUAGUCAGUAGAGUUAUAUUGAUACUAGAGUUUUGCCAUAUAGUACCUAGAUAUAUUUAAAUAGGAACUUAUGCUGAAUAAAACUGAUAUAUAGCUUUCUUUUUUCAUAUAGGAAGCACUAUUUGUGUUCAGAUGGAAAUAUGUUGGUUGUUCUUGCACAUUUGAAGAUAUUUUUUGCUUAUUUUUUGAAUUGACUAUAUGUAGGAAGUGAUUUAAAAUAUUGUGGAAAAUAUUCAGACAUAUUAGUAUUUAUGUAUUUUGUUACUGCACAAUAGUUAAGGCAAACAGUGGCGUGCAUACUCUUCAAGGGAGUUACUAGUCGAUAUAUUUGCUCGAAUGUGCUCUGUGUAUGUUUGACUUUUUUCUUUUCUCUCUUUUUUCUUUUUUUCUGUUUCUUUUUCUUUUUCCUUUUCAGUCUGAUAUUAUUUACAAAAGAGACAUGUAAGUAUACGAGCCUUUCCUACAAAAAGGGACUUGAUUUCUAAAGUAUUCACCUACAUGUUUUGCAAAGAACAUUGGGAUAUUCAUCAAAAUGGUUUUCAUUAAGUUAUUUUAACAAAAGUUGGGAAUUAAAUACCCAGUAGUAGUGACUUUAUAGUCAGUACUGUAUAGAUUUUUUUUUUUCUUUUUAGUUAUUAUAUAAACAUUAUCAACAAAUACUUAAUUUUUCACUAUUUUAUUUAAUUUUGAAAAUAUUUUCCACAAACAUACACAUAAAAUUUACACAUGCACUAAAAAAAAAAAAAAAAAAAAAAAAGCAAAUGAAUUUAAUUGCCAGUAAUAUGGAAACUAUGUAAAAUUUUAAUUUUAAUGGUAUAAUUUACAAUAGCAAUUGCAAUAUUCAUGUGUUAUUUUGAGGGAAAAGUUUCAGAUUUUUUAAUACCAUUGGGUUGAAAAUGCUCUAUACUUCAUAGUGUGCAAUGCCUGCGUGCCUGUCCUGCUGCACAUAUCAUGUCCUUGUGGCAUUUACAGGGUAUUUAACUUUUCUUGUACACUAAAUAAAUCUGAUCCUGUUGAUUUUCAUUCCAGGCAAGUGAAUGAAUGGAAAUUAUUUUUGUCAUGGUCUAUGAGAGAAAAAUUAUGUACCUAUAAUUUACUUCUAAAAAAACAGUGAAUAUGAAUAGUUCUAAGAGAGAAUCAUGCCUUAAAUUCACUUACCUUAAACUAUUUUUCGGAAGAGUUGUUUAAAAGAAAUUAUUAGCCAUGUAUGCUAUUUGUAAAAAAAGUGCUUUUGUGCAACUAUGAGCCAUAAAAAAGUUGUGGGAGUCCUGUAAGUGUCAUUAUAAAUAAACUUGAAAAACACCACAAUUAGGUCUCGUCAUUCAGAGCUUGAUGUGUACAAUCAGGCUGCAAAUUCAUUUUCCUUCUGUGUUGAACAAGUUCCACACAGUUGUCAGCAAUAGUAAUAUCAAAAGUAUUUUAUACCAACCAAGAUCCAAUAACAGGCAACACUUAAGAUUUUGCAGUCUUCCUAAGUUCUCCAUAGAUUGUUUAAGAGCUUUCCUGUCAUUUUACAACUUAAUGGCCCAGUUGUCAUGAAACAAGAAUAUAUUAACAAUGUAUAUAUGGAGUGUUUGUGUAGAUAACAUAGAUUUCUCAAAUGGGCAGUAUUGCCAGCCUUUUCUCCAUCUACACUAAGAUGCAAUGGAUCCUUGUCAGUGGGAAUACCAAAUAACAAGAAACAUUUCCCUACAAAAUACUUUAAGAAUUCAUUCUUUGAAACAUCUUGAACAUCCUGUACAAAGGAAGAUUCAGUCCCUACCUAUGAGCUGUGAGACUCUCCCAGCCUUUCUGUACCCACACAGUUGCCAAAAUUGCCGCACAGUGUUCAGUGUAAGUCUAAAUAAAGCAUAUGCAAAGAAA